AUGGAGGAGCACACCGAGAAAUCCAAGAAAAUAGGCGGUGCUCCAGGGAGGUCGAUUGACAUCUAUGCUGCACAGUGCGAAAAGUGCCUCAAGUGGAGGAAGAUUGACUCGCAAGAAGUGUAUGAGGAGAUCAGAAGCACAAUACAAGAGGACCCCUUUGUGUGCGAGAAGAAACAAGGCAAGUCAUGUCGAGAUGCUGGAGACCUCGAGUAUGAUUCAACCAGAACAUGGGUCAUCGACAAGCCUGGCUUGCCCAAGACACCAAGAGGCUUCAAGAGGAGCUUGGUUCUGAGAAAGGACUUCUCCAAAAUGGAUGCCUACUACAUAACACCUACUGGGAAGAAGCUGAGGACUCGCAAUGAGAUUGCUGCCUUCAUCGAUGCCAAUCCGGAUUACAAGCAUGCACCGCUUGGAGAUUUCAAUUUCACUGUGCCAAAGGUCAUGGAAGACACUGUCCCUUGUGGUAUAACUGAGAGAACCCCCAAGCGAUCCAAAGGUCUCGCAAUGAUUGAUUGA